AUGAGGAGAGAACAAGAGUGCCAGAUGUUGCCGUGGCGCAGCCGUGGCAAGCUCAUCCAGCGCUCCCGGCGUCGACCUGGUGCUACCCCCUUAGGAGCCCAGUGCAGUAUUGAGGUCUGGUACGCGGUGACGCUGGCUCGAGUGUGUUUACCAUUUGCUUAUCUGGCCGACACGUGCGGGGACAGAUUUGCGGCUCGUUUCCCAGUUGGACGGCUGUUGGCGGCGAACGUUGAGCUUGCGAGCGACCCGCCUGCAUUCUGCCGCGUGUUCAUGCUGGCAUUGUGCGUGCUGUCCGGCUUGACGCUCUAUGGGAUUGUCUUCUAUCUGUGUUGUUUCACGAGUAAGCUCCACGCGCGCGACAUCGAGGCAGAAAGGCAGCACCGUAUCAUGGCAGCGCGUCUGAAGACAGACUUCGAGGCGGCCUACGACGAGCACCAUCGGGCCAUGACGGACGAGAGUCGCCAGAACUUGGAGUUUUGA